AGUAUCCAAUCCAUGCUGGAGAAACAGAAUUCAGUUGAGUUUGACAAAAACAGUUGUUUGUAAAAUUAUAUUAUCAGCCACAAGCUGAUAAAUUUUUAACGUACUACAUGAUUGUGUCAGUUCAGCCAUGGUUAAACCGAAGAACAAAAAUAAGAAAAAUCAAAACGAAGACUUCGAAGACGAAGUUGACUUAGAUCCCUUAGGAGGAAAUAUUGAAGGUCAAGACCCACUUCCACAAGCUAAACAAGGCAGUAAAAAGAAGAAAAACAAGAAAAAGGAUGACUGGGAGGAUGAUGUGGCUUCAGAGAUACAGGCAUUAUCACUACAAUCUAAAGGAAGUGGAGAGAGCGAAGAAGAGGACACGAUACCAGUGAAAAAGAAAAAGGAGAAGAAAAAGAAGAAAAAGACAGAUUCUGAUGAGGAAGAGGAAAUGGGGAAAAAACCUAAAGCAACUUUCCAAAUGCUUAUGAUGGAAGAUGACAAUGAUCUUCCAUCAGAGAGUGACCAUGAAGAUGAUGUAGAAGUAGUAUUAGAGAAACCAAAAGAAGAACCAAAAAAGGAAGACACAAGUAAAAAAGACAAGAAAGGGAAAAAGGGGAAGAAGAAAGGUCAGGAAGAGGAAGACCUGGACGCUUUGUUGGCAGAACUGGACAAACCCACAGAAAAAAGUUCUAAAAAGAAAGGCAAGAAAAAGAAAGGUGGAGAAGAGGAGGAAGCCAUGGAAACAGAGACAAAAGCAACAGAAAACGGGAAUGAAGAGGAGAUGGAUUUGGAGGCGAAGUCAGAGGUGAAGGUCGUAUCUAUAGAUGAUAUAGAUGAUGAAGAGUAUGACAAAAAGAAAAGAAAAAAGAAGGGAAAGAAAGAUGAAGGGAAAAAGAGUGAGAAAGCUGAAGAUGAAGAAGAGAAAGUGGAAGAUGGUGAAGACAAAGGCGAAGAAGGAGAGGAUGACGAGGGUGGGACAAUGAAGACUGCGGCCCAAAAACGAAAGGAGAAAAGGGAAAGAGAAAAACUUAAAAAGAUGCAGGAGAAGAAAAAGUCUAAAUCAAAAGUAGAAAGUAAAGAGUCAACAGAGGCAGGUCAGGAGAAACAGGAAAAACCUGAAGGUGAAGGAGAACCUACCCCAGAGGGAGAAGAGGGAGAAAAAGAAGGAGAGAAGGAUGAAAAGAAGAAGAAAAAGAAAGGAGAAAAAGAUGACAAACAAAAGAAGAAAAAAGCACCAGUGGCUGCCAUUAAGUUGAUGCAACAGAAAUUGAAGGAGGAAGAGGAGAGGUUAAAACAAGAGGAGGAGGAGAGGAUCAGAAAAGAAGAGGAAGCCAUAAGACUCGCUGAGGAAAAGAAAAGAUUAGAAGAGGAAAGAAAACAGAGGAAAAAGCAAAAAGAGAAAGACAGAAUAGAGAAGAUGAAAAAGGAAGGAACUUACCUAACAAAGAAGGAGAAGCAAGACAAAGCUAGAGCAAUGCAGAUGUUGGAGCAGAUGAAAGCAGCAGGAAUUGAAGUGCCCAGCAAGGAAGACGCUCCAAGGAAGAGACCAGUCUAUGACACAAGAAAGAAAAAGAAAACGCAACAGAAAACAGAAGAUGAAGAAUCUUCAGAUAAAAAAUCUGAAAGUCCGGAAGAGAUGACCCCUGAACCAGAGGUCAAAGAGGUUGAAGAAGAGAAAGAAGCCAAGCCUGCUAAAGUUGAAGAGGAAGAUGAUAUUAAAGAUGACUGGGCUGCCAGCAGUGAAGAGGAGGAGGAAGAGGAAGAGGAAAAAGAAACAAUAAAAAAUGUGGAACCAAAGAAAGUGGAAAUAAAGGUAACAGACACAAAAAAAGCUCAAAAACAAGAAGAGGAUGAGGAAGAAGAGGAUGAAGACGAGGAAGAAGAAGAUGAGGAGGAUGAAGAUGACGAGGAGGAUGACGAGGAAGAAGAAGAAGAGGAGGAGACAGAAAGUGAGGAGGAAUCAGAAAGUGAAGAUGAAGAUAUGACACCAAUAGAGAGAGCAAGGGCCAGAAUCAUGAAAAGAAAGGAGGAAGCAGAGAAAAAGAGGAACCUGGACAACCUGAGGGCAGCUGUUAUCUGUGUGCUGGGUCACGUAGAUACAGGAAAAACAAAGAUCCUUGACAAGUUGCGUCGAACACAUGUGCAAGAUGGUGAGGCAGGAGGAAUCACUCAACAGAUUGGUGCUACCAAUGUUCCACAGAGUGCUAUCCAGGAACAGACAAAGAUGUGCAAGGAGUUUGCCAAGUUGGAAUUAAAGUUACCAGGUCUUCUUAUUAUUGAUACACCUGGACACGAGUCUUUCAGUAAUCUGCGAUCUCGCGGCUCUUCUCUCUGUGAUUUGGCUAUACUGGUUGUUGACAUCAUGCAUGGCUUGGAACCACAAACCAUUGAGUCCAUCAAUCUUCUCAAGGAACGGAAAACACCAUUUAUCAUUGCUCUUAAUAAGAUUGAUAGGUUAUAUCAGUGGAAGCCAAUGCCGCAUACUGACAUUGUGACUACAAUUAAAAAACAGAACCCCAACACGAAGUCAGAAUUUGAAGCCAGGGCACAAGAAGUCAUUGUACAAAUGGCCGAACAGAGCAUCAAUGCUGCAUUAUUUUAUGAAAACAAAAACAUGAGGGAAUAUGUCUCCUUGGUGCCCACUUCUGCCCACUCAGGAGAUGGUAUGGGCAAUUUAAUUGCCUUACUUUGUGAACUGGCACAGACGAUGAUGGCAAAGAGACUGGCCUAUAGUGAAGAACUUCAAGCCACAGUCAUGGAGGUGAAAGCCUUGCCUGGCUUGGGUACCACAUUAGACAUUAUACUGGUGAAUGGUUCAAUUCGGGAGGGAGACCAGAUCAUCGUACCUGGCACAGAAGGACCCAUAGUCACUCAUAUUAGAGGCUUACUCAUGCCCCAGCCAAUGAAAGAGCUCAGGGUCAAGUCUAACUGGGAGCACCAUAAGGAGGUAAAGGCUGCCCAGGGGGUGAAGAUCAUUGCCAAGGAUCUGGAGAAGUCCCUCGCUGGCCUCCCAAUGUAUGUGGCCAAGAAGGAGGAUGAAGUGGAGUAUUACAAGGAGGAACUGUCUGCUGCCCUGAAAGAGGUUCUGAAUAGCAUUAAGCUGACAGAGAGGGGAGUGUUUGUGCAGGCGUCCACUCUUGGUUCACUGGAAGCACUACUAGAAUUCCUUCGGACUUCUAAAAUUCCUUAUGCGGGCAUUAAUAUUGGUCCAGUGCACAAAAGAGACAUAAUGAAAGCAUCUGUAAUGUUGGAACAUGACAGCCAAUAUGCUGUGAUUCUUGCAUUUGAUGUACGGGUAGAGAGGGAAGCUCAAGAAAUGGCGGACAGCUUAGGAGUGAAAAUCUUUACAGCGGACAUUAUUUACCAUUUAUUUGAUAAAUUCAUGGCUUUUAGAGACGAAGUGAAGAAAAAGAGACAAGAUGAAUUCAGACAUAUAGCAGUGUUUCCCUGCAAACUUCGAGUGCUGCCUCAAUAUGUGUUUAAUUCUAGAGAUCCCAUUGUGGUAGGGGUGUCAGUCGAAGCAGGCUUUGUCAAAAUUGGAACACCAUUAUGUGUACCAAGUAAAGAGUUCAUAGAAAUUGGUAGAGUAGUUUCUAUAGAAAAUAACCACAAACCAAUAGAAAAAGCCACUAGAGGGAUGGAGGUUUGCAUCAAGGUCGAUGCCAUUCCUGGAGAGGCCCCCAAGAUGUUUGGGCGACACUUUGAUGAAACAGAUUUGUUAUAUAGCAAGAUCUCAAGACAGUCCAUUGAUGCCGUAAAAGAUCAUUUCCGAGAAGAAAUGACAAAACCGGACUGGCAACUCGUGGUGGAAAUGAAGAAACUGUUCCAGAUUUUAUGAAAAUCGAGCAAUUUUGAUUUUGCUUGGCCACUUUAUGAGAAAA